GAUACAACAAAUUGAUAAAUGGGAGGAAGAUUCAAUUAAGAAAAUUAAACAAACAGCCGAAGAAUGUAGACAAAUAUUAACUGAAGAUAAAAAUAAACAUUUUAUUAAAAUAGAACAAAAAUUAUCUCAAUUUACUGAACAAUUAAAACAAAGUCGUCAAGAAGAUGAAUUUAAUGAAAUUAACUUAGAUGAAUUUAAAACACAAUUAACAAAACUAGCAGAAGAACUUGCUCAACCAUCAAAUAUAAGAAUUCAACAAGAUUCUACCUCAUUGAUAAACAAAUUUUCAGUUGUUGUAUCAUCUGGAAUACGUCAAGAAAAUAAAUAUAACGAUACAGGUUUAAACCAAUUUAAAAGAAAAAAAUCAGAAGAACUUGAUCGAUCACCAAAUAAUUCAAAUCCACAAAUUCUUACAUCCUAUAUAAAUAAAAGUUCAAUCAUUUCAUCAUCUAUAAUUCCCAAUAUUCCAGUCGAUGCCCGAUGGGCACAGAAUGGAGUGACCGUUGCUGGAGGCCAUGGACAAGGCAAUGCUACCAAUCAACUCGACCGUCCUUUUGGUCUCUUCGUUGAUGAUGAUCAAACGAUGGUCAUCGCUGACUGCUACAAUCAUCGUAUCAUCCAAUGGAAGAUGGGUGAUAAUAAUGGACAAGUAGUAGUUGGUGGCAAUGGUCGAGGAAAUCGAUUGGAUGAAUUGAAUUAUCCAGUCGAUGUGUUGAACGACCAAGAGACGAAUAGUCUCAUUAUUUGUGAUUGGGGGAAACGACAAGUGGUACGAUGGUCUCGUCGUAGUGGCACAACUCAAGGAGAAAUCCUCAUCGACAACAUCCAUUGUUGGGGAUUGGCUGUGGAUGAUCAGAGAUAUCUCUACAUCUCUGACACCGACAAAGAUGAAGUAAAACGAUAUCAAAUAGGAGACAAGAAUGGAACUCUAGUGGCUGGUGGCAACGGCAAAGGUGCUGGUCUUGAUCAACUCAAUGAGCCGAGAUACAUCUUUCUCGAUCAACAACAGACUGUCUACGUGUCAGAUUGGAACAAUCAUCGUGUAAUGAAAUGGAACAAAGGUGCAAAAGAAGGAAUUGUCGUCGCUGGAGGUCAAGGCGCAGGGAAUGCUCUGACACAAUUGUGGUAUCCUCAAAAACUGUUCGUCGAUACAUGGGGUACCAUCUAUGUGGCAGACUUCAUGAAUCUUCGAGUGAUGCGUUGGCAUAAAGGAGCGAAACAGGGCACUGUCAUUGUAGGUGGAAAUGGUUGCGGAGAAGGAGCAAAUCAGUUCAAGGGUCCUGACGGUUUGUCCUUCGAUCGACAUGGCAAUCUCUAUGUCGUCGAUAAUGGGAAUCAUCGUAUUCAACGCUUUACAAUCGAAUAG